CCAGCCCUCAGCCAUUAAUGUUUCCGCCGAUAACGACGGCCACCUGGCGCGUCAGAUAGCUAUUGCUGUGUCUGUUGAUUCUGUCAUUUCCCAUCCAAACUGUCUUCCUUGUAUGCUUGUGUCUCGCGUUUGAGCAAAAAGUCUUGAAGUGUUGUGAGAGCCGAAGCGAAUCCUCUCUCCACGCCCAGUCCGGUCCCCCAAUCGAGCCAUCCUCCUUCUCGGCACGAGGCUGCUGUCACAAGCUACACUCCCCGGAGAGAGACACCAGCACCCGCACCGCCCUCCGCUUCACUUCACGCUCCUCAGGCAAAGAAGCCACACUCUUGCCUUGGUCAGGCCAGAACAGCGAGCACUUCCACAACAGCAUGUCUCAAGCCGCCACGACACCGCCAGGCGGGCAGAAGCUCGAAAAGAAGCCGGUCAAGUUCAGCAACUUGCUGCUGGGCUCCGGGCUGAACUUGUUCGAGGUGACAACGCUCGGGCAGCCUUUGGAGGUGAUGAAGACCACCAUGGCCGCCAACCGACAGGACGGCAUGGCAGGGUCGGUCGCGAGGAUCUGGGGUCGUGGUGGUUUCUUCGGCUUCUACCAAGGUCUGAUCCCGUGGGCAUGGAUCGAAGCCUCCACGAAAGGAGCUGUGCUCCUCUUCGUGGCCUCCGAAGCCGAGUACUACGCAAAGACGCUCGGCGCGAGCAACUUCGUGGCUGGUAUCUCUGGAGGCAUGACGGGCGGUCUCGCGCAAGCGUACGCAACUAUGGGUUUCUGCACUUGCAUGAAGACGGUGGAGAUGACAAAACACAAGGCCGCGGCCAGCGGUGUGAAGCCACCGGGAACCAUGGAGACCUUCAUGGCUAUCUACAGAGCUGAGGGCAUUCGUGGUAUCAACAAGGGUGUCAAUGCUGUGGCAGUUCGACAAGUCACCAACUGGGGCUCACGAUUCGGUCUCAGCAGAGUUGCUGAGAACGGUAUCCGCAGCGUGACUGGCAAAACCGACACUUCACAGAAGCUUUCAGCGCCCGAACGUAUUCUUGCAUCUGCUCUCGGUGGUGGUCUCAGCGCUUGGAACCAGCCCAUCGAGGUCAUCCGUGUGGAAAUGCAGUCAAAGAAGGAAGAUCCAAACCGCCCGAAGAAGAUGACAGUCGCCAACACUUUCAGAUACAUUUACGGCACUUCCGGUCUCAAGGGUCUGUACCGCGGUGUUGCGCCACGUAUCGGUCUCGGUAUCUGGCAAACCGUGUGCAUGGUCGCCCUUGGUGACAUUGCGAAGGAGAUGGUUGAGAAAGCCACCGGUGAGGCAGUAACAGCCAAGCACUGAUUGAGAACGUGAAAUUCGACUUAAAGGCUGCAGAAUUGGGCAACAAGCAAGUCAGCAUGAGUGAGGAAUUUUGUCAUACAAUUAAAUGGUUGAAGAAGGCACACUUAUAGAGGUGGCAUGCAGAGGAGACGAUUCGUGGACUCCAGCAUGCAGCAAUGUAUUAUGCGUACUCGCCGAUUCUCUCCCCG